CAGAAUAUGGCGGGAGAAGAAAGCCGCGAAGCUCAGCGAGGCGACGACCGUGAGGAAUCGAGUCCUCUCUUACAAGGGAACGACAGCAAGAUCUCCUCCAAAGGGAACGCCAAGACGACGUCGGUUGUGCCUCCUCCCGCGGCGGAGGGAUACGGCUGGACGGCGGAUGGAUUGCCGGUGAGCCACGGUAGCGUCAUCGGCGAGCCGAUCGGGAGAAACCAGUGGAAUUCCGGUCUUUUCUCCUGUCUCGGGCGAAAUGAUGAAUUCUGCAGCAGCGAUCUCGAAGUUUGUCUCCUUGGAAGUGUGGCUCCAUGUGUGCUGUAUGGAACUAAUGCAGAGAGGCUUGGGUCUGCUCCAGGAACGUUUUCGAAUCACUGCUUGACUUAUUUAGGAUUGUACUUUGUUGGCAAUUCCUUGUUUGGCUGGAACUGCCUUGCUCCAUGGUUCUCUUAUUCGAGCCGCUCUGCUAUUCGCCGGAAGUUCAACCUUGAGGACAAGCAUGGUCUCGUAAACCUUAAAGUGGCUCUAGCGCUAGGCCUGUCUCAUGGUUUUCAUCUUUCGUUUGAUAUCUUUGGGAUAAAACAGGGGAGCUUUGAGGCGAUGAACAGGUCGUGUGGCUGCUGCGGUAGCUGCAUAGAGGACGAGAUGCAAAGGGAACAUAUGGAGACGACUUGUGACUUUGUGACGCAUGUCCUUUGCCAUACAUGUGCACUUUGCCAAGAAGGACGUGAGCUCCGCAGGAAGGUUCUUCACCCGGGCUUCAGUGCUCAGUCCACUGUGGUCGUGCUCCCACCCGGUGAACAAACCAUGGGUCGUAAGUGA